UGCUCUUCUCCUUACUCCCAUCACCUGAAGCAAAUAUUUUCUUCGUUCUUUUGACUUGGCUCGUCUUUUCACUUUAUUUUGACCCCUAAUUGCAGUCCUGCUUCAAGCAGUGUAAAUUUAAUCUCUUCCCCUCCUUCUCGCCUCAGUUGCUGGCUGCGGAGCAGUCCUCAGUUUGAGAAGAUCUUUUUCCUGCAUUCCGGUGAGUCCAUGGCUGAAGUUGAUAAAAGCAGUGACGUGCAUGAAAAUGAUGGAUUGCCAGAGUUGACACUAGAGCCAGAUCAAGAGACACAGAUGGAGCCAGAGCAGGAGGAAGAGGAAUCUUGCCCUGAGCAAAGGUCAGAAGCCCAAGAUGCUUUAGCAACUGAUGGAGGAGAAAGAUGGCAUGGUUGGCCCGGAGAAAGUGUAUUUCGAAUGUUAGUCCCUGCACAAAAGGUUGGUAGUAUUAUUGGGCGGAAGGGAGAGUUCAUUAAAAAGAUGUGCGAGGAGACCAAAGCUCGAAUUAAGAUUCUCGAUGGCCCUCCGGGAACAGCUGAGAGAGCCGUUAUGGUAUCCGCAAAGGAGGAGCCAGAUGUUUCUCCACCACCAGCUGUGGAGGGCCUUCUCAGGGUUCAUAAACGCGUUGUAGAUGGGCUGGAGACUGAUUCCUCGCAUUCCCCACAUACUGUAAAUGGAAAGGUUUCGACAAAGCUGCUUGUGCCCGCUGCACAGGCAGGGAGCUUAAUUGGAAAACAGGGCACAACUGUCAAGUCCAUUCAGGAAGCUUCUAAUUGUAUUGUUAGAGUUCUUGGAGCAGAGGACCUACCAGUAUUUGCAUUGCCAGAUGAUAGGGUUGUUGAGGUGGUUGGGGAGCCUACUGGCGUACACACAGGAAUUGAGUUGAUUGCCUCUCACCUGAGGAAAUUUUUAGUUGAUCGCAGCAUCAUUCCAAUCUUUGAAAUGCAGAUGCAAAUGCCAAAACCUCCUGUUGAAUAUGUGCCUCCCCAAUCUUGGGGUCCUCCACCUCAAGCUUAUCAUCCAAAUGCUCUUGGAGGUCCUGGAUAUGGCUCUAAUCCUCACUUCAUGCCACCCUCCAGGCAACGUGAUAAUUACUACCCACCAGCCGAUGUCCCUCCUCCCGUGGAAAGGGUGCCUCAUCAAGGUAUAUCUGCCUAUGGAAGAGACACUCCAUUGGGAGUCCAUGCACCACCCAACAGCCAAUCAGGAUCAUCCGUAGUUACUCAGAUCACACAGCAAAUGCAAAUCCCACUAUCGUAUGCCGAUGCCGUUAUCGGGACAAACGGUUCAAGCAUAAGUUACAUCCGGCGUGUCAGCGGGUCUACUGUUACCAUUCAAGAAGCAAGGGGAAUUCCUGGUGAGAUGACAGUUGAGAUAAAUGGAACUGCUUCUCAAGUCCAGACUGCACAGCAAUUGAUACAGAACUAUAUGGCUGAUGCAGCAGCGGCAGCAGCUGCUCCUCAAACUCAAGCAGCUCCACUCGCUGACCAAUCAUACAGUGCUUAUGCGCCCCCUGCAGGUUCCAUGUACUCAUCAGCCCCCCAAAGCUCAACUAUCUCUGGGCAAACUGCUGGGGGCUAUAGUUCAGUGUACGGUGCCAACUAUGGGUACUAAUAUUUCUCUUGAGAAAGCUAGAAAUUCAUAUCAGCUUGAUCCUUGUCUUUUUGAACCAUUUCUUUAUCACUCUCUCUCUAACUCUCAUUUUUGGGGAUUAAAAGAACAAAUAAUUCAUUAGAAUAUUGGCCCGAUGUUCAUUGUUUUACGUGCUAGGCCUAGGAACAUCAAAUUGUAUAAUUGAUGUGGUGUAUGGUUAGAUCAUGGAUGGCAUUUUUCUUGUGCUUUGCCUCCAUGUCUUGUUUCUAAUUUGAUGGGGUAUAACCUACCCUAAUCAUUCUUUGGUUAGUAU